UCUGGACACCCGGCUUCGGCAGCAAGCGGCUCCGGGCCUCAGGUCCGCGCAGGCAGAGCCCAGGCAUCGCCAGGGGAAGGAUUCCGACCCCGGGUUGCUGUCCGCCGAAGCAGCGCUGGAGCCUCAGCCUGCGGCGCAUGGCCGGGGAGGCGCGGUGCCCAGAGCCCCCGAGGUCUUGGCGAGAUCUGCCUUCUGGAGACUCCACCCAUCCUAAGGGAAGAGCCCAGAAAGAAGAUAUGGCUAUUGGACAGAGGGAAGCAAGGCCUCGGGUGUCACUGACAUUCGAGGAUGUGGCUGUGCUCUUUACACGGGAUGAGUGGAGAAAGCUGGGUCCUUCUGAGAGAAACUUGUACCAGGACGUGAUGCUGGAGAACUAUAGUAACCUGGCCUCAUUGGGACUCCUGUUUUCCAAACCAAAAGUGAUCUCCCUAUUGCAACAAGGAGAAGAUCCCUGGAAGGUAGAGAAAGAAAGUCCUGGAGGCCCCUCUCUAGGAUAUAAGAGCAGUCCUAAAACUACAAAGUCAACUCAAACUCAAGAUUCAUUAUUUCAGGAGCUAAUAAGGAAAAGACUCAAAAGGGAUGAACCCUGGAAUUUCAUAUCAGAAAAAUCCUGUGUAUAUGAAGACAGAUUAAAGAAACAAAAGGACAAAAAUGAAAGUUUACAAAUAAUUUCAAUCACCCAUACAAAACUCCUCACUGUAGAAAGAAGCCAUAAAAAUACUGACUUUGGCCAAAAUUUCAGCCUGAGAUCAGUCUUUGUGAAGCAACAGAGGGUCGCUAGAGAAAAAACACCCUCAAAAUAUGAAAUACAAAGAAAUAGCUUCAAGCAGAAUUCAAAUUUACUUAACCAACCAAAAAUCAAGAUAGCAGAGAAACGCUAUAAAUGUAAUAUAUGUGAAAAAGCCUUCAUUCACAAUUCAUCCCUUCGUAAACAUCAGAAAAACCACACUGGAGAGAAAUUAUUUAAAUGUAAAGAAUGUUUGAAAGCCUUUAGCCAAAGUUCAGCUCUCAUUCAACAUCAAAGAACUCAUACUGGAGAGAAACCCUUUAUCUGUAAAGAAUGUGGGAAAGCUUUCAGCCAUAGUGCGUCCCUUUGUAAACACCUUAGAAUCCAUACUGUGGAGAAAUCCUAUAGAUGUAAAGAAUGUGGUAAAUCCUUCAGCAAGAGAUCUGGCCUUUUUAUACAUCAAAAAAUCCACGCUCGAGAAAAUCCCCAUAAAUAUAAUCCGGGUAGGAAGGCAUCCGGCCUUCCUGGAUGUCAGAGAAUUCACCUCAGAAAGAAGUCCUAUUUAUGCAAUGAAUGUGGCAACACCUUCAAGUCUAGUUCAUCCCUUCGUUAUCAUCAGAGGAUUCACACAGGAGAGAAACCUUUUAAGUGUAGUGAAUGCGGGAGAGCCUUCAGUCAGAGCGCAUCUCUUAUUCAGCAUGAAAGAAUUCACACUGGAGAAAAGCCCUAUCGAUGUAACGAAUGUGGAAAAGGUUUUACUUCGAUUUCCCGACUGAACAGACACCGAAUUAUUCAUACUGGUGAGAAACUGUACAAUUGUAAUGAAUGUGGUAAAGCCUUAAGUUCCCACUCGACGCUGAUCAUCCAUGAAAGAAUUCACACUGGAGAGAAACCGUGUAAAUGUAAAGUGUGUGGGAAAGCCUUCAGGCAGAGUUCAGCCCUCAUUCAACAUCAGAGAAUGCACACUGGAGAAAGACCCUAUAAAUGCAACGAGUGUGGGAAAACAUUCAGGUGUAACUCAUCCCUUAGUAACCACCAGAGAAUUCACACAGGAGAGAAACCAUAUCGAUGUCUGGAAUGUGGGAUAUCUUUUGGCCAAAGUGCAGCUCUUAUUCAACAUCAGAGGAUUCAUACAGGAGAAAAACCCUUUGAGUGUAACACAUGUGGGAAAACUUUCAGACAGAGCUCAUCACUUAUUGCCCAUCAAAGAAUUCAUACUGGAGAGAAACCCUAUGAAUGUAAUACAUGUGGGAAACUUUUCAGCCAGAGGUCAUCCCUUACUAAUCAUUACAAAAUCCACAUUGAAGAAGAUUCCUUGAAAGUAGAUUUGCAUGUGUGCAAGCCUUAAGCCAAAGCUCAUCACAAGAUACAUAUUUGAGACUGAUUUAAUAAAUGUAAUGAACAUGAGAAAACAUAACUAUUUUAAUUUUGUUUUCAUCAGAUAUUAAAUUCUAAGGAUAAAAA